AACAAAAAAGAUUUGACUUUAGCAGUAACUACUAAAAGUGGAUUAUAAUUGAAUCAUUACGAUCGCCUCAUUAACGGAUAUAUACUUCAGCAGAUCUUCAACAAUAACAACACAACAAUGCACCUACGUCUCUUACUCCUAGUCUUUGCAACGUACCUGACAUGUAGUUCGGUUGCAGCUGCUGCUGCGGAUGUUGCAACUACUGAAGCACCCAAAGGCUUUUCAGCACGUUCAAUUGACGCAAAUGAAGAAGAAGAUGAUUUUGAAACACAAGCACAGACUCAUCUAGGCUAUAGACAACAGCAACGUCCUGUUUAUGACUACAGUCAAUCAGAAGAAGAUCAAGAGGAAGCACCACGACAAGUUUAUCAAAGCAGAAAUAAUAAACAACAAACCAAUUUUCUAAGACCUGGUAAAAAACAAUCAAGCGAGGAGGAAACUGAAGAAGAGGAAGAAGAACCAGACAGACUUUCAACAUUAUUGGCUAAAUCAAGUUUCAAUUGUAAUACCAAAACUACAGGUUACUAUGCGGAUGAAUCAUUAAAUUGUGAAGUAUUCCAUUAUUGCCAAGAUAAUCAACGUCACUCAUGGAUCUGUCCAGAAGGUUUCACCUUCCAUCAGAUACACCUCAUCUGCAUGCCACCGUCUAAUGAAAAUAUUUGCCAGCAAUCAUCAAAAUACCAUAUAGUCAAUGAUUAUCUUUAUAAACCAAUUAAUUUACAAGAACACCAAUCAAAACCAAACGUUACGUUGCGUUACUCUGAACGUUAUUACCCUGAAAAUUAUUAUGAAAACGAUCGUUACGUUGAUGAUGAUGAAGCACCAAGACAACGUGUAAAUCACCAACGUCAACCUGUUCAAGUUGGUUUCCAACAACAGCAGCAAAUACAACCGGUAUACCAACAGACACGUCCAACACCACAGCCUGUGCAACAAGUGCGACAUCAACCUGCACCACAACAAACCACUGUCUACCGUAAACCAAUACCUACCACCACCAUACAACCACUUCUUCAUCAACAAAUUCAACCACAAAUCCAACAAUUGCGUCCACAGACCGUGGCACCAGCAGCAACGCCUACGCCGUACAGAUUCUUUACAGCCACACCACAAUUACAACACUUCCAACAGCAACAACAACAAGUCUAUCGUACUCCCGAGGAAAUUAACAUUUCACUACAACAACGUCGACCACAAGUUUUUGUUGCCACCUCCACCCCACGUUAUUAUGAAGAUGAAUAUUUGUACGAGCGAAGGAAGUAAACGAACUGACUGACAAUAGCGUACAAAAGUCACCGCUGACACGCUUUGUUGUAGUCUCUCAGUGAUUUUUAUAGCCCAACUACAACAGUCUACACUGUGAAAUUUAUUAUAUUUUAUUUCUAUUUAAAAUUUAUCAUUCCAUUAGUUUUAAGUUUUAUUUUUAUGACAAGCCGCAAACUAUAACGAGUACAUAACGCAUUAAAUAGUCCCAAAUUCAAAUUUAUAUUUUAACUUGUCUUAAGUUUAAUUUCGACAUGUACGAGUAUACUUCUUAUAUGUUUCCAAUUUACUAUCAUGUAUGUAUAUAAAUAUGUACAAUAAUGUAUAGAAUUAUUAUGUAUUUUUAAUAAAACGAAAAACUCACUACGUCAAA